AUGAAAUAUAGUUUAUCCCGCUCUUUGCUAAUAAAAAUAAUGGUUAGAUUUGUUUAAUGGUUAUUAUUUGGUAUUUCUAAAUAAUAAAUUAUAUUAUAAAUAAAAAGAAAGAGAAAAUGGCAAAGAAACGUAUUAAUGGACGUUAUUUAGGGCAAAAUAUAGGAGAGGAAGUUAUUUUACUCGGAACCAUUAACCGUAAAAGUUCAAAUGGAAGAAAUAUAGAACUUCUUACAACGGAUGGCGUACAAAUAAAUGUAACAUUAAAUGAAGCUCUUGAUAUUAAUGCAGAAGGUUAUAUAGAAAUACAUGGAACUGUACAAUCUAAAGGUACUAUGUCGUGCAACAGUUAUAUCCUUUUCCCUUCAAAUAUGACAGCAAAAUUUCAGGCAAAUCAAUACAAUGAUCUUCUUGCUGUGUUGAAUGUAUUAGGAACAAAAAAAUGGAUGAUAUCUGAAAGUGACUCAGGAUAUUAAAUUUUGUGUGAAAUUGUGUAAAUGAAAAAAAAAGAUAAUAUGUAUUAAUAUUCCUAUCGUUUUCAAAUAAAAUAUAAAUUGAAUAAGUAAAAA